UGAAGUAUUUUAAUCAGGUUGUUGAAUGUUGAUCAGGCAUUCAGACGCCAUUUUCAGUACCGUCAAUAAACUGAAUUAGUUUGAGUGUUAUUUUAAUUUUCUUAUUAAUUCUUUCAUUGUGUAUGUGCAGAGGUGAUUAAUGAUUCUGUGAUAUAACUUAUAUGGAUCCUCUUCUUGGCUGGUUUCAGCCAGAACAAGAAGGACCUGCAAAAGAAUUGUGGUCUAGGAUUUGGGACGCCCAUACUGAUCUAGACAAUUUAAAAAUAGGGAGUGUAAAUGAAGUGAAUCGAGGUCAAGAUAUAAUUUUAGUCGAUAAUUUGGGAAAUAAUGAUAGUGUAGUGAAGCGUGCACAGACUAAUAACAUAAUUAAUAAUAUUUCUGUUUCCACGAACAGAGCAAGCACUUACGCCAUGAAUAAGAAUCAUGCUGCUCUGAUAGGAAUUCAUGGUGGCUGUCCUUGGCGGUCGCCCAACCGAGUGUAUGACUCGAGAGGAAUUGUUGGGCUACAUCAAGAGAUAGAGGACUUUUAUAAAUAUAUGACUCCCACUGAGGAAGAACAUCAAAUGCGGAUUGGUGUUGUGAAAAAAAUAGAGAGCAUUGUACAUUCACUAUGGCCAAGUGCAAAAGUGGAGGUUUUUGGCAGUUUCUCUACUGGACUCUACCUUCCUACGAGUGACAUUGACCUGGUUGUGCUUGGUCAAUGGAACCACUUACCACUUCAUACGCUGGAGAAUGCUCUUCUUAAUUCUAAAAUCAGCAAGAGUGAGAAUGUCAGAGUUCUUGAUAAGGCGUCAGUUCCUAUCAUAAAACUGACAGACCAGAUGUGCGAUGUAAAGGUGGAUAUCAGCUUCAACAUGAACAAUGGUCUCAAGUCUGCACAGCUUAUCAAGAACAUGCGUAAGAAGUAUCCAGUCUUGGGCAAAUUGGUUCUCGUCCUCAAGCAGUUCCUUUUGCAGCGUAACCUCAAUGAGGUCUUCACUGGAGGCAUAUCUUCCUACAGUCUUAUUUUGAUGACCAUUAGCUUUUUACAGUUGCAUCCAAGACAAGCGCCAGAUGGGUUUGCUGACCAAAAUCUUGCUGUAUUACUGAUAGAAUUCUUUGAAUUGUAUGGUCGAAAGUUCAACUACAUGAAAACUGCAAUUAGAGUAAAGGAGGGUGGUACCUACAUAGCAAAAGAGGAGGUGCAGAAAGAUAUGAUUGAUGGACACAGACCAUCUAUGUUAUGUAUUGAAGAUCCGUUGACACCAGGGAAUGAUAUCGGACGAGGAUCAUAUGGUGCACUACAAGUGAAACAAGCUUUUGAGUAUGCUUAUCUUAUACUUCAGCAGGGUGUGAAUCCUUCCAACCAGGGAAUCAGUGAUACCAACCUUCACAGCUUACUGGGACGUAUCAUCCGAGUGACGGACGAAGUGAUCAACUACCGCCACUGGAUCAAAGACAACUACCCAGUGAAGCAUCUGGGGAGGGUGGCUGGCUCUAUAUCUAGUGGCAGCAGUGAGGGUUCCGUGUCCUCUCUGGCAGAGAGUGAUUCGGACUCUGAGGGCGGAGAUGUGAGACAGCAGCGAGAGACCUUGCAGUUCAGUCAGUCUAACAACUGUUGGCGACAACAACACCGCAACACUUCUCCGCACUUAGGACAUAACCGAGGGCAUCAACCCCAUCACAACCAUAACCAGGUGCAGCACCGUCGAAACCAAGUGAAGGCCUUCUCUUCGCCCCAGGAGACGCUGCCUCAGCAGCCUGUAUCACAUGUCAAGCCCAGCAAUAGCAAGCUCUACAGCAGCCAAAAUGGUUUCCAACGGACUUUUAACAGCCGCAAGCGGACCCUCAGUAAACCGAGGACAGACAGGCACAAAAAUGAAAGCGUCAAUCAACUACGAUAUUCAUUAAUACCUUAUCCAAGAUUACCUGUAUUCCCUAAUAGGCCUUCUGACACGUUGUUCAAGCCUGGUGUGGCCUUCUCCCAUCCCAGCCACCAUCCCCUGCCCCUGCAUCUUCCUCUCGACUUCCUGAUCGCAGCCUGGUAAUUCCCCACUUCGCACACACCACAUCAAAUUGUGAUAGACAAGUACAGACUUUGGCAAUAAAAAUUAUGCAAUUUUCAGCUCCAAUAAAAUAUGUUCCACUAAAUGGGUGUUGAGAUGUAACUAGUCAUUUUUUAUAAUUCAUGUACAAAUUGUUGUAAUUAAUGUUUCUUAUGUAUUGUACAGGUAAAUUUUCCAAUUAUAGUUUUUGAUAUAUUGUGA